GCCUGCGCAUUACAAGGCUAGUGAUUUGGCGACGUGUACCCGGUGUGUGGAAGUGUUUAGGUUCCUCUCCUCGUCCGGGGAACAGUCAGCCAGAAGAUCCCCAAAGCUCCCGAAAGCCCGAAGCAUGGGAGCAUCUCAGAGCGUGGAGAUACCAGGAGGAGGCUCCGAGGGUUACCACGUCCUCCGGGUCCAGGAGAACUCGCCAGGACAUCGGGCCGGACUGGAGCCUUUCUUUGACUUUAUCGUCUCCAUCAAUAACACCAGAUUGAACAAAGACAACGACACGUUAAAAGACUUGCUCAAAGCCAACGUGGAAAAGCCGGUAAAGAUGCUGGUGUACUCCUCCAAGACCCUGGAGCUGCGGGAGACCACAGUGACUCCCAGCAACCUGUGGGGAGGCCAGGGCUUGCUCGGCGUAUCCAUCCGCUUCUGCAGCUUUGAAGGCGCCAACGAGAACGUCUGGCACGUCCUGGAAGUGGAGCCCAACUCCCCGGCGGCCCUCGCUGGCCUGCGGCCGCACACCGACUACAUCAUCGGAGCCGACACUGUCAUGAAUGAGUCUGAGGACCUGUUCUCUCUGAUAGAGAGCCACGAGGGAAAGGGCCUGAAGCUCUACGUGUACAACACGGACACGGACAACUGCAGAGAGGUGGUCAUAACCCCCAACGGUGCCUGGGGAGGGGAGGGCAGCCUUGGCUGUGGGAUUGGCUACGGCUACCUCCACAGGAUUCCCACCCGUCCUUUUGAAGAAGGGAAGAAGAUCAGCUUCCCUGCAAAUUCUUCUACAGAGCCUGUCAGCCCCCUUAAAGAUGGCUUCACAGAGGUCCAGCUUUCGGCUGUAACUCCUCCAUCCUCCACCCCUGCCAUCUCAUCCGGCCUCGAAGACGCCCUAUCCGGCCUGUCCGUCAGCUCCGCCCCGCCCCCCAUGCCCAGUGAGCUGCAGACAGGCUUGCCCACGGUCCCUCUCCUCCCCUCCACCUCCAGCUCCUCCUUCGCUCCCCUCCCUCCACUGAAUCCUGCCGCCACCGCUUUUAACCCAGCCACAACGCUACCAGGUCUGAUGCCUCUCCCCGGAGGAUUACCUCCACUCCCCAACCUUCCCAACCUGAACCUGCCGCUCCCGGACCUCAGCGGCGUGUCUCUGGCGGGCCCCGUCUCCCUGUCAUCAGCAGCGGGGACGACAGUGCCGUCUCUGGCGCAGCUGCCGCCCCUGUCCCUACCGGGCCUGGGUCAGUUCCCCCCUCUGCUUUCCACCCCUCCCCUGUUCUCGCAGACGGCGGCCCCCCUCGUGCUCGCCUCUGGCCCCGCCGCAGCCCCCGCCGCCUCCGUCACAGUCACGGCAGCGCCCGCCGCCGGCCCCAUCACGGCCGCCACAGAGGCAGACUCCACAAAGGCCACAGAAUCUUCCGCCCCUACGGAUACAACACUAACGCCAUCGUAAAGCCGCCAUUAAACUUUGACGCGCCCGGUUUUUUCCACUCUUUCUCCCAUCUGUCUUUUUGUGGUUUUUCUAUUUAUUUGGCCAGGAGAGAGCAGGCGACGAUGCAGAGGAAGCCUGGUUAGAGGCGAGGUAAAGAGACGGACAGUAGUUGUGUCCAACGCGUCUGUGUCGUCAUAAAGCUGGACUGGCAGCACGGCGGCUCAUCAGAUCUACUGUACAUAAAAAAAACUGCUUCACACUUCUGCAGUCACCAAUUAAUUUUUCCCCCACUUUUCUUAACCUCUCCCCCUAAAAAAAAUAUAAUCAUUAUAUGUUAAUGGGGCUGGAUGAUGAGCAGAUCUUUUAAUUAUUAGGUGGGACAUCAUCAACUCUUGCACUGCUGUAUUAAAAAAAAAAAAAACUAAACGUGUUGGUUUUGGCCCUAUUGUCCAGCUCCAUUAUGUAACCUUUUUAUUAUCAACUAACAGGACCGCCCCGCCCUCGCACCAUUUAGACGGAUUGAAUUAACGCGUAGUCAUUUUGGAGUUUCACUGAAGCCGCAUUGUUUUGCACCACCUUGUGUUUUGGGUUGAUUAGUCCCUACGUCUCCAUGUAUAUGCAGAACUCUAUAACAGUGUGUCGGUGACGGGCUGAAGGUCGGGCCAGAGGAGGCCCUCGUGUACAGGAGCCGCUGUGGCCCCCCCCAGCGGUCCCAGCUGCCACCAGGUGUCUCUGUAAAAAAACGUUCUGAGAAUCCAUCUGCAGAACGCACAGUGCAAGCAAUAAAGCCAAAUGAAUUUUA